UGCCACCUCCUUGCCCAGAUGUUUGACCCACAACAGAAGACAGCUGUCUGCAGGUUAGUUGUGAAUGGACCCAGCCUGGGACAGAUCCCUCGGGCCUCGGCCAAGCACAGCCAGCAUCCGGGUACGGGAGCUGGGCUGGCAGGGCCUGCACAACCCCUGCCCACAGAGGAAGGGCCGAGGCAGCCAUGGGGGCAGCCGCAAAGAACGGCUGGUGGAGCAGUACUUGUCCCCUGCCCGACUGCAGGACCUGGCCCAGGUGGAUGACCUUCAACUGGUACGGGUGCUGGAGAUGUGUGUGGACACCCAAGAGGGCAGCCUGGGGAACUUCGGGGUACACCUGCCCAACCUGAGCCAGCUAAAGCUGAAUGGCAGCCGCCUAGGCUCCCUCAGGGACCUGGGGACCUCUCUGGGCUGCCUGCAGGUGCUAUGGCUGGCUCGCUGUGGCCUGACAGACCUGGAUGGCAUCAGCUCCUUCCCAGCACUGAAGGAGCUCUAUGUCUCCUACAAUAACAUCUCUGACCUGAGCCCACUGUGCCUGCUGGAGCAGCUGGAGGUACUAGACCUGGAGGGCAACAGCGUGGAGGACCUGGGGCAGGUGCGCUACUUGCAGCUGUGCCCACGACUGGCCACACUCUCCCUGGAGGGGAAUCUGGUGUGCCUGCGGCCGGCCCCUGGCCCCUCUGCAAAGGCACCCAGGGACUACAACUACAGGGCAGAGGUGAAGAAGCUUGUGCCCCAGCUGCAGGUACUAGACGAGGUGCCGGCCACUUGCCAGGGCCUACCAGCAGCCCUGAAGCUGACCCAGGACUGGCUCAUGGUGAAGGAGGCCAUCCAGAAGGGCAGCAUCCUCCCCUGGCUGGAUCGUCCCCAUGGAGCCCCCAUGCAGAGACCCAACCCUGAGCUGUCCCUUCCUGAGACACAUCCCCUGGCCCCCAGGCCCUGGCCCUUCUCCCUGCUGAUCCCUAGGGGCCCUCGGCCUCAAAGCCUGCUUUCUGAGGACCCAGCCCCAGGAGACAACGCCAGCAGCCUCACUCAUGGUGCUGGCCAAGUCCUCUGUGGAAACCCCAUCAAAGGCCUGCGAGAGCGUAAACACCAGUGCCAGGCCUGGGUACCCCCGGAGCAGCUGCCUCCACAUAGGCCGGAUCUGGACACUAGCACCUCCACCCUAGGGCCUGACCCUGCAGACAGUUGUGACCUUCUGGACUUGGCCAGGCUUCGGGCCUGGCAGGAGCUGGGCCCACGGCACCCAGAGUUUCAGCAGAAAGAGGUUACAGGCCCCCGGGGCCCACGAAGGGUCCCUGAAGAACAAGAGGACCAGGCUGAGCCCAAGACUCCCUGCAGCCCUCUGAGCUUGGCCUCAGAGCCUUCCAGGACCUUGAGCUUCCACCUGACUCCUUCUCCUCCCAAAUGCCCAAUGCCACCUGAUUCAGGCAGCAGCUCCCCCUGGGGAUCUGCAGACCUGCCCUCCAGGGGACACGCACUCAGAGCCUUGAGCAGCCUGAGGCCUAGCCUGGGUGAGGGGCCUGGCCUGGGCGAGGGGGUGGCUGCAAUGACUGCCCUGAGAGCCCUGGAGGUGGCCUCAAGCCUCAGCCCUCGAGCACAGGUAUGUCCAGGUCCAAAGUCAGCACCAGAUCCAGCACCAAGACACCCAGGCCUCCGGUAUCGGCGGCACCUGAACCCUGUCGCUCAGUCGCACCGUUAGUGCA